CAUUGAAGAGGGACCUCUCCGAGAUCCGACUGUUCAGUUCAGCACAGAGCAGACAGUCGGCUUGUAGCUGCCAGAUAGGCUGCUGCGUUACAGUGGGAUAAAGUCAUAUUGUUUAAUAUGUCUUCCAUUGCUUUCUGGAACGUAUUUGAAUCCGGAAUGGACGAUAAAGUGACAAUAUAAUUUCUGGUUAGUUGUCAGGGAGUUUCUGGAAUUUUCUUUCAGUUUCUUACUUGUCAAUUCUUAAUUAUUUGAGAGUAUUUGUUUGGGAUGACAUACUGUUUACCGACCGUCUGAUGGAGAUAAAACUGUUAGGCUUUAAUAACAAAUCAAAGGUUUGUGAAGUAGGGCUAAAGCCUACAGGCACAGCGUACGAUUAGUAUGUGGCAAAUAGAAGUUAUGGUUUUAUAAUGUAAUGACAAUAUUCUAAUAUUAUUUUCAAAUGUGUUAUUUUAGAAAUCUGUUUUGAAUGAAGAAUUUGAACAGGGAUUGCCCAUCUCCGAAUGACGGGAUUUGUGCGCAUUUUGGGUUGCAGUCAUUCAAGAAAAUUGGUUGGCUCGUCAUCGCCUUGAGUGACUUUGCCUGGUUUUUGUUUUGAGCUCUACCAGAAAUGGUGGGGCACCUACAUUUACAAGCUAUGGAUGACAGUCUGGAAGGAAAGAAUCGGGAGGGACUGCUUGACAGUCCGGAUUCGGGACUCCCUCCGAGUCCAAGUCCGCCCUUCUAUUCGCUGUCCCCCGGUCUGCUCGAAUCGCGCUCCGGGAGUUGUACAACGCUAGUCGAGAACCAUGGAUACUAUAAAAAGGAAAGCAAAGAAGGCAAACUGCUGCCGUACCUUCUCCUGAACUCAACGGGGACGGACCUGAAGGCACGCAUGUACCCUGUGUUCUUUGGGGAGAGCAUCGAGGUCAACCCAAAACCUGAAACAGAGAUCAAGUGUAACUCUGAGGUGAAGUACGACUCAGACAAGCACUACCGGGACCAGGUGUACUGCGCUCCUGUUCCAACGGUGACGUCCUACAGCGAGACGGUCGUUGCCAUGCAGAACUGCACCUGGAGGAGUUACAAGUCACAGGUAUACCUAGAGCUGCGCCAGAGGCCCCUGCACUACCGGAGCACCACCAUUGUGUACCCCAAACACGCCAAGAACACUUACCGCACCACGCUCAACUACAACGCUACGGGCUCCCGACGCUGGUUUGUCUCCACCGUCCAGCUGGAGUCCAGUGAGGACAGCAGCCCCUGCAUCAUCUAUACAGAGGACCUCUAAACCUGAUGCCUGCCUGGCUAAUCCUACUGUUAUGGAAUGGACACACACACACACACAGUACAUAAUGUAUUAGGGGUACUGUAGGGGAAGUACAGCGAAUCACAUAGGCCUUUAAAGAGCUGCACUUCAUGGUUCAUUUUUUGUCUGAUUGAGUUGAGCCCUUCCAGUCUGUAGCCUCCUCUGAUAGCUGAGCAUGACGAAUUAAGGCUUGAUGGUAGCAUGUUACACAUCUUGUUGGACUGUCAAUAUGUAUUAUAGAAAUGACAUUCAUGAAUGCUCAAAAGGGAAAAAGUGCGAAUACACAGACAGACUCAUGAAAAGCAGACUCUGUGUAAAUGAUGUGGGUAUUCUGAAAAGAGGGGGAAACAGAAAUGCAAUACUUAGCAUUUGAAAGAUUGGACCAAAGAUUUUGUAUCAAAGGAGGUUUCACCCUAGUAGUGAGUUAUGUCUUUGUCUCAACCUCAUCGAACUGUCAGAAAGGACUCCUGCAUUAGAUCUACUUCACAACUGUGCAUUUUUCUUAUCACAUGUCUUGAGGGUGUCAUGAGCACAUCAUUUUCACCUCCAGUGAUGUUGAACUCCUCUCUGCGGCUCUGCUGUCUUGCUUUGACACCAAAACACAUCUUCAUGACAUAAACUCUAGAAUCGGCCUCACAAAGGUCUUCUAAAGAUAUCUAAAAAUAUCACAUUCUCUUAGCAUUUUCUACAACCAAUCAGAAACAGAGUCUUAGCAGGCACCAUAAACAGCCGGCAGACAGACAGUCAAGGUUUCUGUUAUAGAAUGCCUCUGUUGAAGGAGAUGCCAGUUGGAAUGGCCGAACUUGGAUCCAGAGAAGAGGAGGGAGAGCAGAGCUAACCAGUUAAUACUGUGACUAGCUGGGCAAACCUGAGGAACAUUUCUGUCUGUUUUUAGACAGCUCUAACCUUUGAUGUCCUGAUUGUUCGGCAGAAUGGUAAACACAACCAUACAAAUCCCAACAGCUACUCUCUCCAGCAGACUGUUGUAAUAUACUGGAUAAGGAAAUGGGUGGCUUGGAUUUAUAUACUGCUGUCAGGUGAUGUUGUAGGAAAAUAAUACAGAUGUAAUAUAGAUUAUUAAGAAUUGCCUGAUCUGGCUCACAACCUCUUUUUGUCUGACUUAUAUACAUAUGGAUUAUGGAACCUGGUAAAUGUUGAACUGUGUAUUAUGAAUUCAGAUGACUUACCUCAGGUAAAAAAAUAAAAAUUCUACUCUAUUUCAUUGAAAAUGUGUAUUACCUACUUUUAAUUGACAUAUUGAGCAAUUAAAAAAAAAAAAUGAAAGCUGUAGUUAAUGUAGGUGUUGAAAAUGUACAAAGAAAGGUGUGUUUUAUACACUCAAGAAUAUGGAAGGAAGAAAGUAAGGAGAGAAAGUGGAGAGAGGCUGUGCAGUUUUAUCAGUGGUUUUUGGAGGGUUUCUUGAGGGUUAAGAUGUUCUGAAUACUUCCAAUAGUGAGGGUUUGAACCAUAGGUAUUAUAGUGGCUUGCACAGAAAGAUAGUUCACUGGAAAGAUUGUUGUGGGUUUAUGUGAUGUGCAGAAGGUAUCUGACAAGUCAUUAUUGGUACGUUUGAGUUGAUGAAAAUCUAGGGAUCUGUUCUUUUUCUUCUUCUUAAAGUUAGUGUUCACUAACGGUUGAUUUUGUUCUUGUAAAAUACUUUCCUGUUGUAUAUGUGGUAUUGAGGCAUUCUCUUUAUAUUUUUGUAUAUUUUCUGUCAAUCAUAUUUUUUGUUUUGGACAAGAGAAAAUAAUUUAAAAAGACAAAAUGUAUAUCUUAAUUGAAUAAAAAACGAAAUUCCAAAACACAAA